AUGUUGGAGGCUUGGAGUCCCUCGCAUCUCCCAGCUGUGGAACGCUGCAUCCACGAAUAUGUUGAUGAACACGCAAAGAACCACCCUCAGAAUCAGGCCGUGGUUGCUACCGAAGGUCCAAAUUUCACAUACACCCAACUAUCGGUUCUCUCAAGUAAUCUGGCGGUUUAUCUACUCGGACUUGGCGUCAAAAAGGGUGAGGUUGUCCCGAUCUUGUUUGAUAAGUCUUCACUUGCGGUUCUCGCCAUUGUUGCAAUUAUGAAGGCGGGAAACGUCUAUGUCGGUUUCAGCGCUGAGACGCCGCUUCACUUUCUACGAGAAUGUUCUUCUAUUGCAGAUGUUCCGCUCAUCAUCACGAGCCGACAACACGAGCAUCUUGUUGAAAAGAUCGGUUGUCGGGCGCUGGUUUUGGACCAAGAACUUCUCAAGACUCUAACGGGCUCGGCAAACAUGGAUAUUUUCUCAUCUCCCGCUCGCCCGUCCGAUCUGGCUUACCUGGUGUUCACUUCGGGAUCUACUGGCGUUCCCAAGGCUGUCAUGACAGAGCAUAGAGCCUACGUUACAGAUGCCCUAGCACAACAACGAUCUGCCCUCUUAGAUGCCAACUCCCGGGUCUUUCACUUCGCCUCAUACAACUUCGAUGCUACUAACUUCGAUGUCCUCAGCACUUUAAUUGCCGGCGGCACCAUUUGCGUCCCCACUGAGUUCGACCGCAUCAACCGAGUCGCUGGGGCCAUCAACGACCUUCGAGCCAACUUUCUAGGCGUCACCGCCACCCUCGCACAAACCCUCGAUCCAGAGGAUGUGCCGCUCCUCAAAGUCGUCAUUCUAUGCGGUGAAGCCAACAGCACCGAGCUCGUCCAUAAGUGGACAAAGCCUGGGACUGGACGCCGGGAUGUUAUCAACGGCUACGGACCGUCCGAGGCGUCGUGCGCGUUUUCGUAUAACGUGUACACGCGUCAAUCGUCGCGGGCUAGUAAUAUUGGGCGUGCCCUAGAGGGAGCGUGCUGGGGAUGGGUUGUCAAUCCGGAUAACCACCGCCAGUUGCUGCCUGUGGGAGCAAAAGGCGAGCUGCUUAUUCAGGGGCCGACGCUGAGCAGGAUAUUUAAACGAGGCAGAAAAGACAUCCAAGGCGUUCGUUGA